GACAGUGCGCGGCGGCGGCGGGGAUGGGCGGUGCGGCGCUGGAGCUGCUGCUGCUGCUGGCGGCGGGGCUGUGCGCGGCGCAGUACGAGGAGUACAGCGUGCGCGGAUUCCCCGCGGCCGCGCUGGAGCCGCUGCAGCGCGCUUACGCGCGGGCGCUAGCGCAGUACGCGGGGGCGCAGUGGGCGGAGAGCGCCCGGGCGCUGGAGGCCAGUCUGCGCCUCCACCGCCUGCUGCGCGACAGCGAAGCGCAUUGCCACCGCCGCUGCGCCGCGCCCGCGGAAGGGAACCCCGCGGAAGAACCCCCCGCGGAGGUGGAGUCCGUGGCGUGGGAGUGGGAGCGGGAGAUGCAGCUCUUCGGGCGGCUGCUGCGCCGCGCCGGCUGCCUGCGCGCCUGCAAGCGCGAGCUGCCCGUCUUCCAGCUGCGCUACCCGCCCGCGCAAACGCUGCGCGACUUCCAGCGCCGCCAGCCCUACCAGUACCUGCACUACGCGCUCUUCAAGUCAAAUAAGAUCGAGAAAGCGGUGUCCGCUGCCCACACCUUCCUGCAGAAGAACCCCAAGCACGAGAUGACCUUGAAGUACCUGAACUAUUACAAGACGAUGCUGGACGUGGAUGAAUACCUGGUUGACCUGGAGGCUCAGCCCUACGAGCCGAUAUUUGUGCGGUCGGUGAAGCUGUACAACAACGGGGAUUUCCGGAGCAGCGCGGCUGACAUGGAGCAGGCGCUGGCCGAGUACUACAAGGCGUACGAGGACUGCUUGGCUGGCUGCGAGGGUGCCUACGAGCUGCAGGAGUUCAAGGACUUCUACCCCGCCAUCGCAGACCACUUUGUGAGCGUGCUGCAGUGCAAGGUGGACUGUGAGACCGAGCUCACCCCCAACGUGGGCGGCUACUUCGUGGAGAAGUUCGUGGCCACCAUGUACCACUACCUCCAGUUCGCCUACUACAAGCUGAACGACGUGCGGGACGCGGUGCGCAGUGUCUCCAGCUACAUGCUCUUCGACCCGGGCGACGCCGUGAUGCAGCAGAACCUGGUCUACUACCGCUUCCACCGCGAGCGCUGGCGCCUGCAGGAGGAGGACUUUGAGCCCCGGCCGGAAGCCGUGAGCUACCACAAUCGGACAGCCGCCCAGAAGAAGAUGCUGGACUUCGCCAGGCAGUACCUGCAGGCUGACGAUGAGAUGGAGGUGGACAGCGGCGAAGGGCUGGAGGCGCAGGACCUGCCCUCCGACGGCGAGUUCGAGGGUGAAGGCGACUACGAGGAGGGCUUCUUCGCGGAGUGGUGGCAGGAGCCCAAGACCAAGGGGGACAAAGCCGACCAAGAGACCCUGCGAUGAGCCAGGCGAAGGGACGCCCGGCCCUGACAGAGCUGGACAGCAGUGGCCCUGCGACGCCAUCCCGGGGACACCGGGCUUUGGGCUCCUGCCAGCUGCUGUGCAGAAACUUGGGCUCACAGGGAAGGGCUGAUGCUGCCCGGUGCCCUGUGGCAGAGCUGCCUUUGCCGUCUGGAUGUCUGCUGCCCUGAGCGGCAGCACGAUUCCCAUCGGUGAAGCACCAGCACCGCCAAACCUCCCUGCCUGCCCAGGAGCUCCCGCCGGGCCACCCCUGUCCCCGAUGUCCCCAGGAGCCCUGGCCAGCAGCGGUGUCCUGCGGCGCUGGGGUUUACUGUGUCCCUCAGCUCCUCCCCAGGACCUUUGGACGGUGCGCCAGGACCACCCCCCAUGUUGUCUUAAGGGGUUCAAGGGGCUGCCCCUGCUCUGGGAGCAAUGCACGGUGCUGCUGGAGCCGGGUGUGCGUGCCGGUCCUGCCCCUCCUCGGGGUUCCCUGGGGCUCCUACCCUGGUGCCUCCAGCCUCCCAGCCCACCUGCCAGCCCCCAGAGCCCGGGGUCACUUCAGAGCCCACGGCCCGGUGCUACAACAGGGCUCCCGGUGUGCCGGCGUCCCCGUGCUGCCCCAUGGCUGCGAGGCUGCGUUGCCCGUGCCUUGCGUGUGCCUUGAAUUUUGACCACGCCAGCCCUCUGUAGCCUUAAGGUCCGUUAAUUUAAUACUUCCCAACUUGCACGGUCGCUUUUUUUUUUUUUUUUAAUAUAUAUUUUCUGGUGCUGAACUUUUAAUAAAAUCCGGACCAGUC